GUCGUUUUACAUACGCAAUCGAGAAAGAAGCCAAGGGAGGGGCCCCGCCUCUUUUUAACGCGAGUAUUAUUUCGUGUCACUUGAACAAUGGGCUAGGAGUUGAAAACUGGCAGGUUCUAGGUGUGGAAGCUAUUGGAUAAAUGCUUGGUUGUGAAGAUGAACCCAAAUACUCCUUUUAGUGGUCAGCCGUCUGGAGUUUUCCAAGCACCAUCUGGCACGUCAGCUGGGAUGUUUCCAGUUCAGUCACCAUUCCCGUUUGGUCAGCUCACUGUUUUGGGGCAGAACAGUGGAGGAUUGUUAAAGAAUCCAGAGUUUACACACUUACCUGACUUUACUGCAACCUCAGGCCUACGUGGUUCUUCAGGGCAAGGCUUGGGAUUUGGGCACCCCCCAGGAUUUACACAAUCCUAUUCUCUUGGACAAACUACAUCCUUUGUGGCUUCUGCACCAACCAGCUCUUCUGUUUCCAGCAAUCAAGGUUUCAGUUUUAAACCACCUACUAAUCUUGGGGCAUCUCAGAGUACUUCUAACUUUGGAACUACAUCUGGAGAGGCUUCAGGCUUUGUGAGACCAGAUUUCAGCUUCAAAACCCCUGAGAGUGCAGUGUUCAAGCCUAUUUUUGGCAGCAGUUCAGAACAAGAGAAAACCAAUCUGGUAAUCCCAGCUCCUUUCACAUUUUCCUUUCCAGGUGGUAGUGGACCUGGUAGAUUAGCCCCUUUCUCCAGUUCUCAAGAGAGCAGCAGCUCAGUUAGUACAAGCUUCAGUUUUUCAAAACCAGUGAGCAGCAAUACUCCAACAUCUUCAUUCAAUGCUUCUUUACCAAGCAAGACCAUAGGGGAUGAAACAAAAAGAUCUCUAGGUCUCUUCCGAAGUCCUGCUAGCAGUUUUACCUCUUUUUCAAACUCAUCUGCUGGGUCUCUGCCUUUGGGGGACACUUUCCAAACCAACAAAGCAAGCAAACCCAACCACGAAGAAUUGCUAGCUCCAAAUGAGCCACUUGCUAACCUUGGGAAGGGGACAAAGAGGAAAGAAGAGCAAGAACAUUCUCCAAGACGACAUGGUUAUGACGCUGUGGAUGAGCCAGAGCUCCCAAAAGGUGAUCAUCCUGCCAAUAAGCGACCUGUCAGGCUGAAUCGUCCACCUACCCGAGGCUUGUUUGGCAGAACAUUGCUAGAUGUGCUGAAAAGCAAUAAGAAAGAGUCCAAAAUGGAAAGAGUUUCCCUGGAAUCUGGAGAAAUGGAUCAGACAAACGUGGCAGGGGGGAGCCAGUCUGGUUUCUCAAUGCCUAAGCCAGCAGCAACACUGAAAAAGGAAGAAAGUAAGGCAAAAUUGAAGGAAGUUCUUUCAGAUUCUGCCAUCUCAAACCCUUUGCAUCGAAAUCGGAACAGUGGGAGUACAGAGAGUGUUGGAGGUUUGCCGUCAAGUGAACUCACAGCCAUCCAGUGCAAAAAUAUUCCUGACUUUCUAAAUGACAGAAACGUUCUUGAAAAACACUUUAAAAAGUUUAUUAACGUCCAACGUAUCCGUACCAACCGAAACAAAAAGCUGGCUAUUAUACACUGUUUAGAUCAUGCAUCUGCAGCUUUGGCUAGAAAGAAAGCAAAAGACUUAAACAAAGAUAUAGUUACAUUUUGGCAUAAGAAGAAACAAAGUCCAAAUAAGAAAGACUAUUUGUCCAAGGAGCAAGAGGCAGACGAAAGUGACAGGAGGCAAAGCAAUGACCAGCUGACUCAUCAGCAUUCUCCACAUUGCAGUUCUUUAAUGCGUUCCAGUGGUAGUGGAAACAUGUCAAAUAAGAGUUCUCCAGUUAAGAAACCUGGCCUUAAAAAAUCUCUGCAAUUUGAAGCAUAUACCUUUGAUUCUGUAACUGAAGGACAUAGCCCAGAGAACUUAGAAGUGCCAACAUCCAAUUUCAGUAACCUUAUAGGCAUGGUGGCAGAGACAUCUGAGGACAAAUACCACCUUUUGGACCAGAGAGAUAAGAUCAUGCGUCAAGCUCGAGUAAAACAAAUGGACCUCGGCAAAGCUAAAACUUUUGUUGGCACAUGCCCAGAUAUGUGUCCAGAAAAAGAGCGCUACAUGAGAGAGACGAGAAACCAGCUUAGUUUCUUUGAAAUGCUCCCAGGAACUGACAAGGUUGACCAUACAGCAGCAAUUAAAGAAUACAGUAGGUCUUCAGCAGAUCAAGAAGAACCUUUACCACAUGAACUGAGGCCUUCUGAGGUGUUGAGUAUGACCAUGGACUACUUAGUAACUCAAAUUAUGGACAAAGGAGGAGGCUGCUACCGAGAGUGGUACGAUUUUGUGUGGAAUAGAACUCGUGGGAUAAGAAAGGAUAUAACCCAGCAACAUCUCUGCUGUCCUCUGACGGUUUCCUUGAUUGAGAAAUGUACCCGUUUUCAUAUCCACUGUUCUCAUCAUUUAUGUGAGGAACCGAUGUCAUCUUUUGAUGCAAAGAUCAACAAUGAGAACAUGACAAAAUGCCUCCAGAGCCUGAAAGAAAUGUAUCAGGAUCUUGCAAACAAGGGCAUUUACUGCAAGAGUGAAGCAGAAUUCAGGGGAUAUAAUGUCCUUCUAAAUCUCAACAAGGGGGAUAUUCUCAGAGAAGUGCAACAGUUUCAUCCAGCUGUCCGAAACUCCACUGAAGUUAGAUUUGCAGUGCAGGCCUUUGCUGCGUUAAACAGUAAUAAUUUUGUCCGAUUUUUCAAACUCGUGCAGACAGCAUCUUACCUGAACGCAUGCUUGUUGCACUGUUAUUUCAGUCAGAUUCGUAGAGAUGCUCUAAAGUCUCUCAAUAUUGCCUAUACUGUGAACACUCAAAGAUCCACCAUUUUUCCACUAGAUAAUGUGGUCCGCAUGUUACUGUUUAGAGAUUAUGAAGAUGCAACUGAUUUUAUAAGUUACUAUGGCUUGAGUGUGUCUGAUGGUUUUGUGGAGCUGAAUCGAUCUGCGUUUCUAGAACCGGAAAGCUUGCCCAAGCCAAAGAAAACACUGUUUGUUGGGCAGAAGUUAACUGUGUCGGUUGGGGAAAUUGUCAAUGGGGGACCUCUCCUGCCUGUCGCUCGCCAUGUACCUGUGUGUAGUUUUACUGCACAGAACAAAUACACAGGGGAGAAUGCUGCUGCAGUCAAUUCAGCCAUCAAUACUCAGAAAGUCAAUGUUGAUGUGACAGAACCAAGAGCAGAAGAGAGUAGCGUAGACUCUGAAGUACUUCAAGUUCAGCAUUCAUCAUCACUCUUACCAUUCCCACCAGCACCAUUCCCUUCUUCUGCAGGGUCCACCUUCCAGCCUAAUGCACAACCUUCUCCUCCCCCUUCGAAACUUCAGCUGGUUUACAGUGAUAUGGACAUUGCAGAGGUGGUUGAAGACCUUAUGGGUGAUGUGCUGGAAGGAGAAUGCAGAGAAGUCAGCAAUGCAGCUGCAGCCUAUAUACAGUCAGCGAUACGGAUUUCUGAUGCUGCUACAGAUGAACUCAUGACAGAAGUGAUGCUGGGAAUUUUGAAGGAAGUUGCAUCAGUUGCAAUAAAUGCAGAAAGAGAAAGAUUUGAAGAAGAGAAACGUCAGGCUGAAGAAGAGAGGCAGAAACAGGAAAAGCAACAGUUCAUAAAAAUGUUGAGUGAGUUACUGGGUGCAGAAUUGACAGAAGAAGUAUUAAAGGAGAUGACAAAAGAGAUUUCCGCUAAGGAGUUAAAGUGUGCUCUGGAGAAGGAACAAAGAACACGCAUUGUUCGUUGCUCAAAAGAAGUCUGUGCUGAAAUAAUGGAUGUAUUUCUGGAAGAUGAGAUUUUCCAGAGUGCUAAAGAGACCCUGCAGGAACUCCAGUGUUUCUGCAAAUAUCUACAACGCUGGAGGGAAGCUGUUACAGCCCGAAAGAAACUGAAGCGUCAGAUGAGAGCUUUCCCAGCGGCUCCGUGCUGCGUAGAUCCGAAAGACAAACUGAAAGCAUUGUCACCUAGUGCGGAGCAUCCUAUUGCCAGGGAGCACCUUGCUCAAAGGAUUGUGAACUUGGGACAUGCAGGCAGCCUUGGCACCUCCUGCCUUAGGCUACAAUGGCUACGGAACAAGGCAAUCCAUCAAAUGAAAGUGCAGCAUUUUUAUCAGCAGCUGUUACGCGAUGCAGUGUGGACUCCAUUGGAUCUGCCGUCAUUGGUUGCCGAAAACAUUCCAAUUCAACAAGAAAAUAUCUUUUGGAAAGUGCUUUUGGUGUUGCCAAGCCAUGAGGAAUAUCGAUCUGAGGAUCCUACCAGAAUUCUAGCAGAUUGGUUGAAAGCAAAAUUUAUAAUAGAUAAAAAUGUGAAGGGAACUACAUCUGUGGUGAACGACGGAAUUCAGACCCUUGCAUUGCAUACUUCACUUCAAAUACAAGGAGAUCAGAAUGUCUGUGUCAAUGUGUGUAUAAAGGUGACUCAUGGGACUCUCAGCACUGCUGAGCUUGAUGACGCUGAGACUCAAAAAGAGUUGCACGGGAUGAGUGGAUUGAUUCUCCUGCUGUCUCCUCGAGUGAGUAGUGAGGAUGUUGCAAAGGAAGAUGUUUAUUGGCUUUCAGCCUUACUUCAGUUGAAACGGCUCCUUCAAGCGAAACCUUUCCAACCAAUAGUACCUCUUGUGGUUCUUGUCCCAAACCAUGGAGAUGAGGCCGUGGGAAAGGAAGUAGAGGAAGGGUUGAUGCUGCCAGAUUUGAUUUCAGCUAACCUUAUUUCAGGCUUCAACAUUGUUGAAAUGCCAGAUUCUGUGAGCGAUUUGCAGGGUACCAGCAAGCUAUCUGAAGCAGUACAAUGGCUGGUUGCUCAGUGCCCAAGCUCUAUCAAGCUUUGCUGCCAGACACUUCUGCAAUAUAUUGAAGAUGGCCUUGAUCAUGAAUUCAGUCGGCGGUUCUACCAAGACAAGAAGGAGAGACAUAUGGCUGGCUUGCCCUCCCAAGAUCCUAGUGCCAUAAUAGAGCUGUAUAACAGUGUGGUACAGUUUCUGGCCGAUGUUGCCUCUUCAGAAGAGCUCUGUGAAGUGUCUUGGCCUGUAACUGAGUUUGUAGAGCCAGGGGGCAGCAGACAACUUCCCCAUCUCCAGUGGAACACACCCAGCCACCUGGCUUGGCUGAAGAAAGCAGUGCUGUCCUUCCAGAUCCCAGAGAUGGAUCUUCCUCCUUUGGGCGCUCCCUGGCGCCCUGUUUGUUCCAUGAUUUUCCAAUAUUUGUCCCAGACUGCCAGUUCUCUUCAGACCCAGGAGAUCCUUCAGUCUCAGAUAGAGAAUUUGCUGAGCAGUACUUACUUCAAGUGGAAGGGCAGAAACUGUGCCAGCUCUGGAGAAGACGGCCCUUCCGUGAAGGAGAUCCCUUGGGAUAGCAUUUUAGCAUUCUGCAUUAAUCAUAAAUUGAGGGAUUGGAAACCUCCUCACCUAUCAAUAACAGCAGAAACAGUGAGUAAGGAUGGACAGAUAUACGUAUAUUUUUCAAAGGAGCACUUGAGAAAAUUCAAUUGUCCCUUUUUAUGGGAAGAAGCCACAUUAAAAACUCAGAAAGAGAUCCAACAAAGUCAAAGAAGGUACAAAAUAAAGACAAAGUCUUUUGCAAAUGAAUAUUGUGCCAGCCAGGAAAUUGUAGGAAACAGGGGCCUAAGUAUUUCCAGUGGAGCAGAUCUAACAAUGGCUGUUUCAGAAAUGGAUCUUCUUCCCAAGUAUCUGUCUGCCAAGCUGCAACUGGAGAAAACAGAAAGUCAGAGGUUUGAUGAGCAGCUGCAGCAAUUGUUAGUUAAAGAUUCUGAGACAUUCCAGGAUUCUCCGUCUUUUCCUCUUUACCUCCCUGAAACUCUGACGCCUGUGCCUCAGAUUAUCCACCCACUGGCCAAAACACAGAUGUCAAGAAGCCCAGAGGCUGGAAGCUGGAUCGAAUUGAGGGACACAGACACCUCUCUAUCCCACAGACUUGCGUACUUGAAACAACUGAUUAGGGCUAACAAAGAAGAAGAAGUUGCUUGUGAACUCCAUUUAUCAACAUUGCUAGACAUGAUAGAUACUUAAUCAGGAUCAGCCUAAAAGUGUGGGGCAUAGACAACAAAUAUCUAGAGGUCCGACUGACAGAAAUUUAUGUAAAACCAUCAAAGGCUUUUGUGAACGAAUUUUUCUAUGACUCUAUCAUAUAGUGCUUAUAUACGAUAAUAUGAUACUGUUGAAUCGGUCCUCAGGUUUUGCAUUCUAAUUUUACUUUAGCUGCUUUCCUGUGUGCACUUACUUGGGAGUAAGACCCAUUGAACUUAUUUCCAAGUAAGCCUAUCUAUGGUUAAGCUUUCAGUCUUUGUACUGAAUUGCGCACCUCUGAAGAGUCCUCUUUUUGUGCUUUAUUAUGAAAUAAAAAUAAUCUGAGCCCUGAUCGUUUCUUCUAUCACACUCCCCUAAACAUGGUGGUGAGGACAAGCAAGAGCAAGGCCGUACUUGGACAUCCACUAUGCAUGCCUACCCAGUGCCACCGGACGUUGACUUGCAGGUGUAAUGGUCCAGGCUCAGAUCACACAGUUAAUUCCCAGAUUUCAUCUGAGGUAUCAACUACAUGGAACGGGCCAUGCUAUGCACGUCGCAUUGAAUGGGCACGAGCCCCAUUCAUAUAUUAUGCUCCGAUAUGAAUGACUAGUGACAUUGGAGAAAGGGCAGAUAUGUUGGUGGGUGGGGAGGUCAGGCUCACUGUCACUCAUGUGGGGGAGUGGAAGGAGAAAGUAUUAUCCAAGCUGGCCACUGGAUUUGCUUCCUGGGAACAACAUAUGGCUUGAAUAACAGCUGUUCAUCUAAUUUGAUACAUAGAAGCCAUUUCCAUGUAUUAUUUUUUUUGAAUUUUGCUUGUCAAUAGUAUGUGACAAGCCUAUGUGUAGGUAAUUUUUUCUGUGUACACAAAUUCUUGGAUCCUGAGAUAAGUUGACUUCAGGAAAUUCCUGGAAGAAAAGUUUCAGUACACACACACACCCCAAAUCCCUGCAGCCACCUCAAAAAGCCUCUUCAGAGUUUUUGAGAGGCCUCGUGAAUAAUACGCGACUGGAUGCAAGGGGCUGCUGUGGGGAGGAAAUGGGAAACUUUUUCACCCAUGAACUUCUUUAAGUUAACUCAUCUUGGGAUCCAAACUAAUAUGAAUUGCACACAUGGCAUUGAUGUGCAUUCCUACACACAUGUGGGGAUUUAUAUGUCUGAAGUGACUAUUAUUUUGAAUCACAGGUGGGGUUUAUCCCAGUUAUAAAGGAGGCUCAGAUCAAGGCUUUACACAAGAAGAUUUUUUUUGACGUGUUUUGGCAGCUUUCUUCUUUUUUGGGAUAUGAGCAGAGGUGUCCCUAUCUGUGCUAUGACAAAAUUGCUACAUUUAGCAGGAAGCCACAAAAGUCGAGAUAUGUUUUCAUCAGAACGGAAAGCAGUGUUUAGCCCCAAAGGAUUAAUACCUGUGCAUUGAGAUAAAUUCAAUCUUUUUAUUUAAAAACAAUGGAAGCUUUCAGUUGGGUAUCAAAAAUAUAACUUUAAUGCUACGCAAUUCCAUGAUUGUUAUAAGUAUGGUGAAGGCCCAACGUAAGAUCAAAAAUAUUGUGUGCCUCUGAAUAGUUGAAUGAAAAAUGAUUGAGUGGUGCAUGGUUAUUUUAAUUUUAUAUGGUCUAAGGGCAGCUUUUAUUCAUAGGAUAUUUGUUCACCAUGAACGGUUUUGUGCUGCUGCUUGUAGUGCAGCACAGGUAUGCUGAAUGACUUUUAUGCAUUCUCGGAAUACUUGUGCCUCUGACAGAAACCUUUUCUGUAUUGUCAUUUUCAUUAAUGAGUGGAAAUAGAAGAACCUUGGAAGAUUUUUCAUUUUUGAGAGCACCAUUCUUAGUAACACAGCAAAAGCAGUCUCUUAGAUACUAUGGAUAAUGUUGUGUGUGCGUGUCUGCGUUUGUGUGCACAGACAUAAAAAUAGGGAUAACCUGAUGACCCUUACGUUGAAGUAAUGUAUGUUUGGAAUUUGUUUUAAAAGCACUAAGAAAAUGUUUACCUUCAGAGUAGGCAUUGUAUUCCAAAUUCUUUUCCUUUUGAGUAAAACUUUUAAUGUAACAGCUUAUUAGGACAUCUUUAUCAAGAAGAGAAUCAAGGCCUCCUGAUGGAAAUUUUCAGUGCAGAGAAUCUAACGUUGGCAAUAGCUUCGUUGCUCAAGAAUUGAAACUUGAUACUACAAAUCUUUGCUUUAAAAUGAAUUGAUGUUAUUUUCUCCUAAUAUAUACUAUGUUAUGGUAUCUUUACCUUUUUAGUUGUGUAAUAUGUGAUUUUGAUACUGGUAUUUAAAGUGCGACAGGCUGAAAUGUCCAUGGCCCUUCUUUACAGUUUAUUUCUUAAUGCAAUGUAUUGGAUACAGUAUAUACUUUUAUGGCCUGUAGCUGAUGACGUAAAACAUAUAAAAAUGGUUGAAACACUUUUGAAAUGAUA